AUGGUCCCUGGCAUUCAGUAUUCGAGAGGAUUAACGCUCAUCGUUGGGCAGCCUUUACCCUUGGCUUCAGAGGAAGAUGCAUUUUGGAUCUUCAUCUCCGUGACACCGUCAUGGAUACGCACCAGGCUAAGGCCAUACUUUCGAAUAGAUAAGAUUCUCGUUGAUAUGGGUAUAAACCCAACAUCAACGUCGAUAUGUGUGUGCACCUUGGCUUUCUUCUCUUUUCGUCGGACCCUUUUACCCUACCUCAACCGCAUCUGUGACCUUUUCCUUCAUGAAGGUACACGACCCAUCCCAUUUAUUCUGCCAUAUGAUGCGAUCCCCACACCUCGGAUGGGCUUAAGGGUUGUAAUGCAGAAUAAUCUUCUUCAAUUCACGACUAAACCAAACGUUUCUGUCUUUACAGCCUGGCAGACAUUUAUUGCGAACGUUCUUCCCCCCGGCCACUUGACCUCAUAA